AAAAUAUCAAUAUUUGUCUAUAUUUACAGCCAUUUCUAUUUAACACAUUGCAAGUGAGACAAUUGGCCGGCUCUGCCAAACGAAAGCUAUCGUUUAAGAAUGUAUCCAAUGUUGUCAUACAGUUAUUGCAUUCAAUUAAAUACAAUAUUGACGUUCCGUUCGCUAAUAUGGCAAUGAUUCCGACGGUUAACAUUCAGACCACAAAUAUGGACAAUCAGUUGCCCAAAAAAUUUAAAGUGACGGAUAAGUUGCGGAAGCCGUUUAAGAAGAGGCACUCAGUGGUCUACCAUCAGGGAACCAAUCGCGUCAACAAAUACUUGGCUCAGGCUAUCGACGCCCGCAGUGUUGACAGAGAAAAGACAACUCAUGUUAAUGUGAUUACACUUUGCUUUAAAGAUAAAUACAAAGAACGCCAAUACCAUGAAGAGAAAGACCGCGGAUUCGGUAUGGCUUUGGCCUGUGCUAUGGGUGUCCUCAUCCUAUUGGCCGCACUUCAAAUUGCAAUACUCCCGAGAACCUUAAUUUUGGUCAUAUUAUUCUUAGUGGCCUUCGUUUGGAUAUCUGUUUUGUUGAUUCUUGUAUUAGGCGCUCGUCUUCAG